AUGAGGAAGGCCAGGUUCUGGGGGCUGCUGUGGACGUCCUUCAUCCUAGAACUCCAAGGUGCGCCCACAUCAGAGAGCAAGCGUACGCUGACCGAGGGGACGCACCUGUUGGAGAAAUGUCCUGUCAGUGUGAACAAGUACUUGCACUACCGGAAGGCGUGGCAGAGGCUGGGAGACGGAGGGGAGAUCCAGACAUUAGUCAAUACAGAGUUGACCUCAGGGAUGAACUCCAGAGUCCAGAUGGGCAGGUACCUCCUAGACGACAUGCCCUGUGAGGGCAUAAUGUACGUUCACAUGUCCGACCUGCGCCUGGAGGACUCGGGACUGUACCGGUGUGUGAUCUACCAGCCACCCAAAGCCCCCAUCCCACUGCACCAGCCCAUACGCCUGGUGGUGAUAAAGGAUCCUGCCUCACACAUUGAUUCUAUCAAGAAUCUGGUUCGGAGUUCCACUCUUCCUCCUGUGAACACCACGACCCGGGCCAGGACCCGUACCAGCACCCGUCCUGUGACUCAGCCAAUGUCAACUGCCAGCCUCGGAGUCAACCCCACACACAAGACAGACACCCCCAGGAUCUCUACGACCAGCAUCAUCACCAUCGUGGUGUGUGGAAUCCUCAGUAAGAGCCUGGUCUUCACACUCCUGUUGAUCGCCACUCAGAGGUCAUUUGGCAGCUAG